UUACAGCGUAAGCUCUCUGCUCGGUCUGACCGAGUCAAGUGUGUGGAUGUCCAUCCAACUGAACCAUGGAUGCUGGCAAGUUUGUAUAAUGGUAAUGUGCAUGUGUGGAACUUUGAGUCACAGACAUUGGUCAAGACAUUUGAAGUUACUGACCUGCCAGGUAUGAACUUUUGAUACAGUAAAUAUAAAUCCAGAAUAUUUUCUUUUCUUUGACUAUGCUUAUUUUUAUUAGAAGUUACAUAGACAUCUGUUUUUGAGUAGAUUAAUUUUAAAAGGGCAGGGUGUGAAAUUGCACGUAAUACAGGCACCGAUGUGACAAAAUUUUUCACUUUGGCAAUCAAAUCCUGAAAAUUAGUCGUCAAAUUGGUGACUAGAAUUCUUUAUCAUAACCUUACCUAGAUAUAUAGUGAAUUAAAAAGAUUUCCAAAGAUAAAUCUGUGGCAAACUUCCUCGUUAAGUUUGUUACCAAAAUGCAGCACAUGCAUCUUGAUUGUUAAGUAGAAGCCAUCUUGGAUUUAGGAGAACUUGAAUGUUGUAUAUCAUCCAUCCUAGUGUCCACUUUGUAGCAUGUUAAGAUGUUUUAAUAAUAUACAUGGAAAAAUUACUCAGUUCUGAUUGGUUAAGAUAAAUGCAGUGUUCAUGUAAUUCAGUGCAGAAGAGGGUUAAUUCAGUGUAAAGAAAGUAACAAAUCAGAUAUUCUGAUUGGUCAAUAAUCAAAGAAACUCACAAACAGCCAAUCAAAUGUGAGCCUUGGAUGUCCCAACAAAAUUUGAAAAUUUGAAAAUUUGAGAGUGAAACAAUGGCCGACGUUUUAGGUAGGUUUUCUUUCGCCACCACAGCUGAUAAACAGCUCAAACUAGGAAAACACUUUAAAAAGCACUGCUUUUUUGUUGUUGGUUUGGAAAAAGUGGUGUUUAGAGAAGGGAAUUGCCAAGGAAAUUGAAAAUUAUGAAGUGACCCAGCUUAACACUUUGCUUGAGCAAUCCAACGCUGAAAUUAAAAACAAACAUGGUUAAACCUCAGAAAUGACGAUUCCAUUUCAUCAAAAGUGAUUCAGACACAGACUAUACAAUUUCUUGAACUGUUUAGCCAGACUUUGAACUUUUUUGUACCCUAAAGAUGUGAAGAUAUCAUUGCAUAUUAUUGUCUUAAUUGAAUGCGGUUGUUCUGACUGAACGCAAGGUUUGAAUAAAUUAUUUUUGCACUUGAUGCUUAAUUGUGUUAAGCUAUCUUGUAUUUUUUCAUGUUUAUUAUUAACACAUAAUCACAAGAUUUUUCUUGUGCAAUUUGGAACAAAUAAGCAGUUGUUAAUUUUUUCAAAGACCCCAAAUUGCACUCGCCCUACUGGCUCAUACAAUUAUGUUAGUCUUUAAAAAAAUUUACUCAUGCUUAUAUAUUCCAAAUUGCACUCGAAAUCAUGUGAUUACCGAUACUAAUUUUGGAGGGUCUAUCUAGAAUGCUGGCAGCGUAAAAAAAGGUUUUGUUUGUCUUUAAAAAUUAUAACUUUUUUAUUGUUUGCUACCACUUUUUUUGCAGCGGCUGUCUGUCUCUGAAAGGUUUAAUAUACAAUUUGUCAAGAAAGAAUUGUAAAAAUGAACAUACAGCUUUAUUUGCUCAGAAGAAUUACCUUCUCAAGGCUUCUAUAAUAUGUAACCCAGUUAUACUGAAUGUAUUGUAAUGUAUUAUUUGUUUGUUUUUUUUUUUUGCAGUACGUACUUCUAAAUUUGUCCCAAGAAAAAAUUGGGUGGUGACUGGAUCUGUAAGUAUAUAAUUUCAUUUAGCUUCCUUCGCUUUUGAACUCUCCAGUAAUUUUCUACAGUACUAUUAUUAUGUUUUUUUUUUUAUAAUCUUUUUAAAAUCACUUUUAAAUAUGAUCCUAAUGUUGUUUCCUAGCAAAUGUUGUGUCAUUCUGUGUUCUUUGCUUAUAUUGUACUUCUGAGUACUUCUUUCAAUAACUAGUGAUGCAACUAUGAUUUUUUGUAGGAUGACAUGAUGCUGAGGGUUUUUAACUACAACACCCUGGAGAAGGUAAUUCAGAGGGAAAAGAAGACAGAAUACAGAGCAAAACGUGAUUGCAUGUUGAUACAUAUACAUUAAAAAUUAAAUUGUAUAAUCUACCAUCCAAAACUGCAUAUCAAAGAAUAUUACGCUAUUUAUUUAAGGUGGCCUACAUGUAUAGUAUGUACAGAGUGUAUCUGUUCAUCUACCUGUUUGAAUUUUCUCCAAUGCAUUUUUUGUUCAUGUAACAGAGCAAUCCUUUUUACAGGUUCAUGGCUUUGAAGCUCAUUCCGAUUACUUGCGCUCAAUUGCUGUCCAUCCAACUCAGCCAUAUGUUCUAACAAGCAGUGGUGAGUAGAAAAAGUUCCCUUGGUUCCCCCAGCAGUGCUCAGCUUGUAAACUCUCUUACUAAUGUUUUGUUCAUGCCAGAUGAAGCAUAAAAAAAUAAAUCAAUUAGAGGAUUUCUCGAUAGGAUAUAUGAUAAUGUUGUAUUUUCAGGAGGGGCCUACAAAGGGAUGUGGAGAAAUACUCAUCAUUCUGAUUUUGGAAUUAAAAGGAUUAAACAUACCAGUUGAGCUGUAAUUUUCCCUUUUGAAGUGAAUUUUCUUUUAACCUUCUCCCUUGAUCUAAUCCCUAAAGUUGAUGGAGGCAUUUUGGAAGGAAGUGGAUCAUUCUCUCCUUUCUAUUUUACUUUGCAUUAAACCUUUCACUCCCAAGAUCUAAUUAAUAAUUCUCCUUACUAUCUGCCAUACAAUUCUUAUGAUGUUAGUUCAGAGAAUUUGGUAUUGGAUCAACUAAUAAUCCCAUAAUUGAUAUUCUUCUCUAUUCUCAUCAUCUACCUGCUUGAUAUUGUUUUGAUAUUGUAAGGAGAAAUUCUGCCUUGGUCACUUGUGGGAGUGAAAGGGUUACACCUGGAUUGAACACUUUUUCUCAAUUAUUUUUCACUUGUAUUAUCCAUGUACCUCCCUUGACGCAUGUUUAUUGGUUGUUUACAGAUGUAAAGAGCUCCUGUUUUUGUUUUGGUUUUUUUCUUAUACUUUUUCUUGCUCCUUUUCUCUCGUAGAUGACAUGUUGAUCAAACUUUGGGACUGGGACAAGAAGUGGCAAUGUAGUCAAGUGUUUGAAGGGCACACCCAUUAUGUGAUGCAGAUCGUCAUCAAUCCCAAGGAUAAUAACCAGUUUGCUAGUGCUUCUCUCGACCGAACAAUCAAGGUAGGUGUACUGAAUGCUGCUCAAAAUGUUUUGAGGUGAUUUCAAACUCCUAAUUUUUUACUAAGAUUGAGGACAUAGCAAUUAGUUGUUGCCUUUGUGAAAGGGUUAUAUUAACAUAAAGAGGACACAUGCAGUUAAAGUUAAUGUCAGCAGAGUUUCCUUUCUAUGCUGGUACACGCAGCUUUAUUAACACAUUUGCUUUGUUUUGUUACCACAGGUAUGGCAGCUGGGUUCCAACACGCCAAACUUCACUCUGGAGGGUCAUGAAAAGGUAGUGUAAGCAAGAAUCAAAUAUAUAUUUACAGUGUAUGUAUUUUACUUUUACGUUCCUUUAUUAUUUAAAUUGUAUUUUGAAUUUUACUCCUGCUGAUUGUUGCAAUUUGUAUUAUUACACAUAAAUUAUGUACAUGUCUAUGUGUCUAUCACGUUUUUAAAACUCUGCUUUUUGUUGUUUUAACAAACCAUAAAUUUCUCUUAUCAGGGGGUAAAUUGUGUGGACUAUUUUCAUGGAGGAGAGAAGCCCUAUCUUAUUUCUGGUGCUGAUGACAGACUUGUGAAAAUAUGGGACUAUCAGGUAAAUAUUUGUUGUCUUUUAAUUCUUCUUUUCUGGGUGGUUUUACCAUAACCUUUUACAUGUACAAUUGUAUCCUAGCAUCAAAAUGCUUAAAUCUUCAUACUGUACUCUAUUCAUUACCUCUGGUACAGACAAGGGGAAUGUAUUUAACAAUCAAGAUUGGUUUUAUUUGCAUGACCUGAAUGUUUGGUUCAGCAGCUAUACUGUAAGGAAUAAUUAGGUGCUGGUCACGCUUUUGGGUUAAAGAGUUAAAUAUGUGAGGCAUGUAGUUCUUUCCUUUUCUUUCGUUCAACUUCUCAUCAUCCCUGUGGCACUGUGAGUAAUGGCUGUUUAGUUAAUUAUACUAUCAUGUGAUACUUGUUAACGACUCUCUAAACAUGUAUCUUGUAGUGCAAAGGUUUUUCUUUUCUUGUCCUUUACUUUUGUAUAUUGAUUAAAGCAGUGACUGAUUUUUUUUUUGUGCAUUUCAGAAUAAAACUUGUGUUCAAACACUUGAGGGACAUGCUCAGAACAUCUCUUGUGUUGGUUUUCACCCAGAAUUGCCAAUCAUUUUGACUGGCUCAGAGGAUGGUAUGUUCAGCUUUAUAUAUACACAUGUAACAAUCUUGUUUCUUCUGCGUGUCAGUAAGAUGAUGAAUGGUUACUGUUAAAAAUUGAAGUGUUGAUAACUUGACUGUUUUCAAUGUGGUUAAACACUAAUUCAUCAGAUUUUGGAUUGUAUAUGUAAACUGAAUGUAAUUCCUAUCAUUACCAAAGGUACUGUGCGCAUUUGGCAAGCCAAUACAUACCGCCUGGAGAGCACCCUUAACUAUGGUCUAGAAAGAGUUUGGAGCAUGGCUAUGCUUAAAGGCUCAAACAAUGUUGCACUUGGAUAUGAUGAAGGAAGCAUUCUUAUCAAGGUUUGUAUCCUACUUUACUGAUGGGCAAGAUAAAUACAAACAUGUACAUUUACAUCUGAAAACUUAAAGGUGGUGAGGAAUUAGAAAAACAUCAAUUAGGGAACGACUUUCUUAUCAAAUACCAAAUUAUCAGUGGUUAUUAGAGUUGUAUGACUGACAGUACAGAAAUCUGUUAUUUAGAUAUUUGGGGUUAGUGUGGGUUCAAAGUUGUGGAUUCUCUUUUACCUUUAGCUUGGCCGGGAAGAGCCUGCAAUGUCCAUGGAUUCCAAUGGUAAAAUCAUAUUUGCAAAGCACAGUGAAAUUCAACAGGCUAACCUGAAAAAUGUGGCUGGUAAGUUUUAACAUGAGCAUUUGGAACAGUUGUAUGCACUCUGUAUUAUGUGGUAGUUUUUUUUCAUGUAAUGUGAACUGGCAUUUGAGUGUGGUCUGUAACAAAUGAUUUUAUAUUAAAUCUUCAACCCCCAAGAUUGUUGUUAAUUGCUUAAUUGUUAAUCCUUCCCUCCAGUUGCUACACAUAUGCUUGUAAAUUAGUUACAACGAUUGGGUUUUAUAUCAGGAUAACAACUUCUACAUGUAACUGAUAAGUUUAAGUAUUCUUAUUACCUGUUUGCAGGAUAUUGUUUGGAUGUUUUUGGGAGAAGUUACUUCUUAAUCACUUUUGGGAGUUGAAUUGUUAACUAUAUCAUCAUUCAACAUAGACCCUGUCAUAUACAAAAACAAUUUUAAAAUAUACAGUAUAUAUUACUGAGAGACUGAAUGGCUUCAAGCAAAUUGUUUACAAACAUGUAACUGUUAUGCUUUGGUGUUGCAUGCUGGGAAAAGUGUUUAUCCAUGUCUCCACUUUGUUUUCUGUGGUUAUUCUUAAACCAAACACUUUACAAACCAUAGUAAAAUAUUUAUGAGUGAUCAAACUUUUUAGUAUUUCUUUUUUUUUAGAUUAUGACGUUAAAGAUGGUGAACGUCUUCCUCUGGCAAUCAAAGACAUGGGGCCAUGUGAGAUGUUCCCCCAGACAUUGUCCCACAAUCCAAAUGGAAGGUACAAUAUUUAAUUUGUUGAAUUCCAAAGCCAAGAUGAUCAGUGUAACAUGUUGGCAAUGUAAUUUGUACUCUUUGUUUAUUGAUUAAUUUUCUUUUGCAGAUUUGUUGUUGUUUGUGGUGAUGGAGAGUACAUUAUUUACACAGCAAUGGCACUGAGGAAUAAGAGUUUUGGAUCAGCACAGGAAUUUGUUUGGGCUUCUGAUUCAUCUGAGUAUGUAAUGUUCUGUGGCCUGUUUUAUAUAAGACAUGAAAUUUAUGGACAUUAAUUUUCUGUUUCUUGAUUGUGCAAAAAUUUAAAAUUAAUUGUUACAUUAAUAACAUCAUUGAACUGGUUCCAGUACAUGUAGAUUCCACUUAGCAUAUGUAGUAUGUCUACAUUUAUAGUAACCUUUUUAAGGGUUGAUGUUAUUUAAAUUUAAAAGAAGAAAGAAGCCCAAUGAAACCUACCAGGCUUUUGGUAAAAGGAUUUGUUUAACUUAAGUGAAAUCUAAGCCUUAAGACUGCUUUUUCUAUUUUAAAGUUAGACUGUUUACAUAUUGCCCUGAUGUGGAAGAAACUGACUUCUUUGUGGAAGGCUCGACCAUACAGUGAUUGGUUGCCAAAAGGGUGAAUUUAAAGAUAUUGUUUAUUUUUUAGUUACAUUUAUGUAUUUUUCCAUUUUAAGGUAUGCCAUAAGAGAUGGAAACAAAAUCAAGAUCUUUAAAAAUUUUAAAGAAAGGAAGUCAUUCAAACCUGAGUUUGGUGCAGAAAGUAAGUGUGGCAUGUGUUCUGUUUGAACCUCCCAAAUUCCCUGAGCAACUCACUGUGUCACCACAAUGUACAUGUAUGCACGGUCAAACUUGAUCUGAGUGGGACCUCGUGGAACAUCAGAGAUUGCAGAAUUAAGAAUCAACGCUUGAGGAUUGAUGAUUGAGAAUCAAGGAUAUAGAAUAGAAGAUGGAGGAUUGAGGAUUGGUAAUAGAGGAUCGAGCCAGCGAUCUCAAUCUGCAGUUUCAAGGGAAAAAUUCUACAUGUAUUUGAUUGUUGAAGUCUUAAAGUAUUUAGGAUCUUGAUUUGAGAGGCUGUCCACUUACUUUUGAUUGCUACUGUAGCUCAUUUCUGACAACCAUGUUUUCAGAAUCCUAUCAGAGGGUCCUCUCCCAUACAGCUGUACACUUGUAUUAAUGACCUUCAUAACUUACACAAUCUAUUAAUUUUUACAUCAGACAUAUUUGGUGGUCAUCUUCUUGGAGUCAAGUCAGUUGGUGGAUUAGCUUUCUUUGACUGGGAGAGCACAGAUCUUGUCCGUAGGAUUGAAAUUCAGCCAAAGAAUGUAAGUUGUUUAAUUUUCACCGUCCAGAAGAAAAGAUGUGCACUACAGGGAACACUUUACUUCUUUACUGAACGGAAGUUGUUCUUUUAAACAAAAUUAUAUGAAUAUUCUUCUAGAUAUCAUAGACUAUAAAUUGCAUUCAACUUAUUUAUUCUUUUGGUUUUCAUUUUAUGAUGUUCCCACCAAUAGUGUAGCUCCAUCUUUCUGUAUGUAAACCACACACAACCUACAAUUCCUCUAUUUGCUCUGACAAAGAGCUAAACCUCAAAUCAUCAGCUUUAGAAUCCCUCUUAAGUGGCCAACUUACAGUGUACAAUGUACAUCAUCAAAUCAGUUGAUAGAACCAAAUUAUCUUGUUAUUCUUCCCCCUCCCUCCUCCGCCCCUCCCCCACUCCCACCACUUCCCAUCAGUGCAGAUCCACAGUUUGUCAAGAAACUUACCCCUUUUAUACUUAAGUCUUAUUGAUCACCAGGUGAUUAAUUUUGUGCAAAUUAUUGAUUCAGUUGUGCAUGUUCAUGUCAAUAAUCAUAAAGUUCAUGAUACAACAAGGAAGUGUGAAUGUACAUGUAACUUUCAUGUCUCACUGCACUGUGCUUGUUUAUUUUAGAUUUAUUGGGCUGAUAGUGGUGAGCUGUGCUGCAUAGCCACAGAUGAGUCCUUCUUCAUUCUGAAGUAUGUCGCUGAGAAUGUUGCCAAAGCUCAGGAAAAUCCAGAGUCCAUUACUGAAGAUGGCAUUGAGGAUGCUUUUGAUGUAAGAUUAAAACUCAGUUGUUGAUUGUGAGAUGUCGAGGAAGCAUUAAAAAUGCUUGUUUAUUGUUGCUUUGCUGCAGGCUUACAUUGUAGAACAGAUAUCCCAACAUAUAACUGUUACAUGUACUUGAAAUAUCAGCUGAUGCAAGAGCCAUCCAUUUUGUUCUGUAUUGUUCUACUUUUUUUUAGCUGAAAUCAUAUGAAGAGAACAUGUUUCAACAUGCACAGUGUUCAUGUAAUUGUUGUGUACUUAAAAAUCAGUUGAUGUAGGAACCAUCCAUUUACUAUUUUUGUUUUAGGUUUGUGGCGAAAUAGAGGAUACUGUGAAGACUGGUAUUUGGGUUGGAGACUGUUUCAUCUACACCAAUGCUGUGAAUCGUUUGAAUUACUAUGUUGGAGGUGAAAUUGUCACCAUUGCCCACUUAGACAGGUUUGUUCAUAUCUUUGUACAAUGUUCCAAGGGCAAAUGAGAGAUUUUUUUUUCUGAACAUGUUUGAUCACUUAACGUUAUCAUCAAUUCGUAAGCAACAUACUGUACAUGACAAGGAAAUGUUUUGAAACGUUUCAUGCAUGCAUACAGGUUUCUGAUUUAGCCUACAAGCAGACCAUUAUCAGCGCUGUAGCAGAAGUGUUUCUUUGUCCUUGACGAAGUUUGAGUUGUUUGGCAAAGCUUGCCAGCGAGAGGUUUGCAAGGGCUCUGGCGCAAAUAAUGACUGCCAGACCCCUUGCAGAGCUUUGGUUAGCUUGCUUUGCUCCAGGCCUCAAACUUCCAUGGGAGGGAAAAAACGCUAGUGCUGCAGUGCAAAUGAUGAGGGCCUGGGUCUUCUUGUGGUUUAUUCUGUGAUUACAUCUUUACUUCUCAGGACCAUGUACCUCCUUGGUUACAUACCCAAAGACAACAGGCUUUAUCUAAGUGACAAAGACAUGAAUGUUGUGGGUUACUCCCUGCUCCUGUCAGUCCUGGAAUACCAGACAGCCGUGAUGAGGGAAGACUUUGACACAGCAAAACAGGUACAGUCUCAUACUGGCCAUUGAACGCGUCCCCCAACCCUUGAUGUUCUGAGAAAGUAUAGCCUGCUUGGCUGCCUUACAAGGAGGUAGAAGAGGGAGCGUCCAUUAAGUGUGAGGCACAAGCGUUUGUAACAGAUUCUUAUGAUUGCACUUUGUUCUCAAAUCCUCUCACCCCCUUCCUUUACCACCUCUUUUCUAUACUGAACAUGCAGGCUAAAUAAUUCCCGGAGGUAUUGUGAUAUUUUCUGUUGUGUCAUGAUGCAGGUCUGUGUGGUUCUUCUGUCACUGUUUUGGAUGGAGGCGUGGUGGCCUAAGCAAUUCUGUUAUUAUUUUUUUUAUCUAGGUUCUUCCCACCAUUCCGCGGGAACAACGAAACCGUGUGGCUCACUUUUUAGAGAAACAAGGUUUCAAGCAGCAAGCUCUGGCAGUGUCCUGUGACCCAGAACACAGGUGACUACUCUUCUAUCGAACCACUGAUUCGUUUUCUUUUAAUUUUGUUUUGUUUAAAAUGCAAUGCAUUUUCCAUGGCAAUGAGUAUUAAGAGCAAUUGUAAAUGAAGGUGAAGAGAGAAAGCCAUAGCGACAUGGUAGUAACCAAUCACAUUGGACCCUAAGGAUAGAACGCAGAGUGCUUCUUUAGACCACUUUAAAAUGUGCCACCUGUUGCGUAUUCCUUUUACUUAAUAGAGUAUUGACUAAGUUGAAGAUUUGAUGUUAGGAAUGCCUUUAUGAAUAAAGGUAAUUUUGAGAUCCAUGAGAAUUACUGUGCCACUCAAUCAUAAGUUGACGGUCUAAUUUCUCAAACGGUCCUGAAGGCAAAGGAGGCAAGGAAGGGUAUAAUGAAGAUUGAUUUUAAUAUUGUUUCUCUUUAUCAGGUUUGAUCUGGCAAUACAACUUUCAGAGCUGAAGAUUGCUUAUGAGAUUGCUUCUGAAGCUGAGGUAAACUUUACAAAAAAUUUUUUUGUCCUGACCUGGCUUAGUACAGUUUUUACGCAAUUCCGAAGUUAAUUUCAUACAACCUCUCCUUGCGGUGCCGAUGCAUUGAGUUAAAAACCCUUAUAACAAAAAGAGCAUGUGCAAGGAGAUUUCACCAGGCAAUAUUUGUUCCUUCUUCUGUGUUACAUCUUUUACCAAUAAUUUAGUCAUUCUCGUUCUGUGUAAGUGCACCAAACUGCAAAGAUAACCGUGAGACUCGCUCUGUUUAAAUACAUUUUGUCCGAUAUACAUGUAAAUUGCGAUGAAUUGAUUUUCUCUCUUUCUUCCAGAGUGAGCACAAGUGGAAGCAGCUUGCAGAGCUGGCCAUCUCCAAGUGUCAGUUCCAAUUGGCUCAGGAGUGUCUGAUAAACGCACAGGAUUUCGGAGGCUUGCUACUACUGGCCACAUCGGCUGGAGAUGCUGACAUGAUUUUACGACUCGCAGAGACAUCUGCUAACAAGGGCAAGAACAACGUGGCCUUUUUGGCAUAUUUCCUUCUCGGAAGGUAGAUAACGUGUCUUUUUACCCUGUUUAAAAAUCCAAGCAGAGAACCCUAAAUGACGUAUUCUAACCGUACAGUGUGCAUGUAUGUCGAGUACAUGUAUUUACAAAAAAAAAAAUGAUUAGCUGAACUUAAGUGUUUGAGUAGAGAUUACGUACUUACUGAAUAAACUGUGGUGCUGCGUCUAUGGAGGGUAUUACAAGACAAUUUGAUUUUUCAAUUUAGUUGAUAGUAUAUAUUGGCCACCGCGAUAAUUUUCAAAAGCUGACGUUUCGAGCUUUAGCCCAUCGACAGAGCGAAAUCUGCACUUACUGUCGGGAAAAUAUCUGCUUCGGAGACACGACGAGCGGACUAACGAAGGAAGGUCUGCUCUUCGUCAUGCAGGUUUCACUGUGCGCACUAAUCCAAAAUUCGCCAGGUCAUGCACGUCCUCGUUUACGAUGCAAUAAAAUGACCAGCUUUCACUUGGCUUAGUAGCUCAGUUGGUAGAGCACGGCAUCGAUAUCACCGAGGUCACGUGUCAUGGGUUAAACUCCCGUACAGUCUAAAAUUUUUUUCACUGCCGCUUAAGUUGUGUUUAUUACUGCAAAGAUCCUCCUCAUCUUCAUCCAAAAACUUAUGCCGUUACCUGAUGUACCUUGUCAUUUCACCAGGCUGGAAGAAGGUAUUGAGUUGCUAUGCAGCACGGGACGGUAUCCAGAGGCAGCGUUCAUGGCUCGUACUUACUUACCAAGCCAUGUGUCAAAGUAAGUUUCUUCACCCUUAGUUUGAUAGUCAGAGUUCAACUUUUCCAAAAUAAAUACGGAAUUUUGGCUCUCUACAAACAAAAGAGAAACAGUUGGAACUACAGUACUGCUCGGAAGUUUUCAUUAAGUCUGUUUACUUUACGUACUCGUAUUAAACAUGACCACAUAUAAUUGCUUGACAUCAAUUGCAUGCAUAGUAAAAAUAUCACAAAAUUGUUUCGAUGCAAUGUAGCUAUCUUGUUUUGCUUCAGAAAUCCCCGAUACAACUGAACAUCCCCAUUGUUAAGGGUGCACUUGUGAAUGGAGCAAGUCAACUGAAGUGGCUCGAUUCCAUCACAUAAACUCCUAACUACAAAAAGUGCAGAAAGUAAUCACAAGUGAAGCUUGUCGCCUUUCUAGUCAAUGUUGAUGGCGAAGGAAGUGAAUCAAGUUUCAACAGAUAUAUUUAUGACUACAUAAUAGUUGAUUUAUAUAUUUAUUCGGUUAUUUAUCUUUUGGGGGACGAGAUGAUACAAGAAGAGUUUUGUUUCAUCUCAUUUCUCCAUGUAGUGGACCGUGAAGAGAAGUUAAUAAUUUUUUUCAGCUCAAGGGAAUAUUACAACACUUUAACUGUAUAUCUACCAUUUUGUUCUGUUUUAAGGAUUGUCCAAUUGUGGAAAGAAGAUUUAGCGAAAGUCAAUAAAAAGGCUGCUGAUUCUCUGGCAGAUCCUUCCGAAUAUGAGAAUCUGUUCCCCGAAUUUCAAGAAGCUUUGCAAGCGGAGCAGGUCAGAUUAAGGACUUUUCUCAAUUUCCAGAUGUUCUUAAUUAGGUUAUUGUUUUUUGUCAACGUCUGUUUUCUGCUUGCUGUUGAAAAUGUUCAAGUUUCUGGAAAAAAUGUCUCUGUACCCAUUUUUUUCCAGUUUCUGAAGCGGGAAAGAGUGCAAAUGAAACCUGCUGCCCAGUAUAAGCAUGUUCCGGUAAGAUUAUUUGCGUGGUGUACAGACUUACUUUGGUAAAUGGCUCUUUGUAUUCUUACAUUGCCCUUUAGGCGCAUCUUCGCAACCUUUUUGUCAUCCAACGACAGCCGUAAAUGUGUCAACUUCUCCGCAUCUUGCUUUUUAUAGUUUAGGGAAUCCGUUCCUACAAGGUUUGACUUUACAGUGCUUACCUCUCUGUUGACACUGGCAAAUAUGGGACCUUGAUUUGUGUGACAAUUUUUUUUCAUCUAUAGAGUAACUCUGAGCGUGAUGUGUUUGAAGAAAUGAAAGCAGCCAAGGAAGAUGGAAGCUUGGACUCAAUUCUGGUGAGAUAUUUUUUCAGCUUGUGGUUUAAAUUGUUGUCAUGUUACUUUGCUUUUUUGAGUCUUAAAAAACUGACGAUCUUUUAAAGGGGACCCUUAAGUGAUAGAUUGUCAUGGUGGGUCAAUACCGAAGAGUUAAGAAUAGCAAAGAAUAAAAUGAAACGAAAGAAAAUUAAUAGCAAUUACAACCAACAAACCUGCAGACGUUAAGCUUAACCCCUUGUCCUAAGGGUGACUGGAUUCUAAUUUCCUCUUACAGUGUCACCCUUGAAACGAAUAGUAAAGGGAAUUAUCACCAGUUGAAAAAGCUCCUGAUUGUCAAACAAAUUCUCCUAGUCGGUAACAUAAGAAAUGUAAAUAGAACAGUGUGGAGAGUAUGAGUGUUAACGUUGAGGUGUAAAAGGUUAAUAUGCCAAGGUGUACAAAACAUGGCGGAACUCCUUAUUGUGUAAAUCCUCGGUUUAAUGUCCCGAUUUCAAACCUUCGUUGUCUUAGUCAUUUGCAUUAGAUAUUUACGUGGUUUUAUUUCAGGCUUCGGUAGAAAGUUUGUCUUUCGGUGAACCUUCUGCAUCCCAGCCAAUCGAGCCGUCACCUCCCUCAUUGGCUUCUAGAUCGUCUGCCGCAACCCACUCUUCACCGCCUCCUGCGCCUGCGGACAGACCGCCAGCGGCUAGACCUCCAGCGGUAGAAAAAGAACCCGUGAAAAGUCCUGCUGCCGAUACGAAACCUGCAGUCGAGGAUGAUAAGGUGAGAGAGGUUACACUGCGACUACUAUACUUUAUUGCUAUGGUAGAGAGCCAGGUCUUUUUGUGCGAAGAAGAUGGUGCACUUUUUGAGGGGGAGAAGGUUCUGCAGUAAAAGAACAUGUUGCUUUACAUGAUGGACCUUCUUCGUUUGGAAACCCCAUUCCCGCCGACUGGAAUGGGCACUUAUAACUGUAGGUUACACUGAUUUUUGAACAAUCCAGGCUAGUACUUUUUCUCGGAUACCGAAUCUUCUGUUGGGGCUUCCAGCUACUAGGAUAUUUAAUCGCAAAGCGGCAUGGGAAUAGGAUGAAAAAGACCUUACCAACUCUCCGUUUGGUUGAAAAACUGAACGUUGUUAGGUUUGUCCCUGGGUUUCUAUCCACAUGUUUCUCUUCUUCUAAUUAACAAAUAUUUCUUUCUUUUUAGAUGUUAUUGUUGUUCCUUUGUGAUUUCCAUUCUUUCUCUUUCCCUCUCUCCUGUUCGGUUAAUGCCCAGUCCGUUUCUUUUGUAUUAACAGUUGAAAAAAAUCCUGCUGUACCUUGCAUUACAGGACGAAGACGAACUCGACGAUUUCGACUUCGGUGGUCAGGACGAUGACGAAGACGUAAGUUGCCCAAAAUGUUACUAUUGUUUUAUUGAUCCUUAUCUU